AUGGAUCGCCAUUCCAGUUUCAUUUCCAUUUGGCUACAACUGGAACUCUGUGCCAUGGCUGUUCUUCUAACUAAAGGAGAAAUACGGUGUUACUGUGAUGCCCCCCACUGCGUGGCCACGGGCUACAUGUGUAAAUCUGAUCUAAACGCCUGUUUCACCAAGGUGCUGGACCCAAUGAACACMAACUCUCCCCUCACGCACGGGUGUCUAGAUCCCAUAGCGAACGCUGCCGACAUGUGCAGCUCUAAGAACACAAAUGCCCUGAGUGAGGGUUUGUCUAUGCUGGAGUGCUGUCACGACGAUAUGUGCAACUACAGAGGCCUUCACGACCUGGCUCACACCAGAGAAUCAACAGAGCACGGCAGGUACCAGCCUGAGAGCAACAACCGUCACCUGGUCACGCGGGUACAGGAGCUGGCCUCGGCCAAAGAGGUGUGGUUCAGGGCAGCGGUGAUCGCGGUGCCCAUCGCUGGAGGCCUCAUCUUGGUCCUUCUCAUCAUGCUGGCCUUACGGAUGCUCCGCAGUGAGAACAAGCGGCUGCAAGACCAGAGGCAGCAGAUGCUGUCACGGCUCCACUACAGUUUCCACGGCCACCACACCAAGAAGGGCCACAUGGCGAAGCUAGACCUGGAGUGUAUGGUGCCCGUGACAGGACACGAAAACUGCUGCCUCACCUGUGACAAGAUGAGACAGGCYGACCUGGGGAACGACAAGAUACUGUCUCUGGUACACUGGGGGAUGUACAGUGGGCGUGGGAAGCUGGAGUUUGUAUGACUUACUUUUCUAAGUUUGUUUGACUUUACUUAAUGUCCCCCCCCCCGCCCAAAAAACAGCCAAGGCUGUCUCCUCUACUCGUUGGGUUUUCUCUUUUAAUUUUAAAAAUGAAUCCCCCGUUUUGUCUAUUUUACUUAACAGCUGGUUUUUUUCAAUGGAGGGGAAAAAAAGAGGACUGAACUGAACGCAAGCCUUGUGGUUUUUGCUGAAGGAGCACUUUACUUGAAAAUGAAAGGCAAACCAUCGAGGCUGUAUUUAAACUUGAGGACAGGACUGACCGACGGACUGAGAAAGCUCUGUCAAGACCCUGUCUGCAUGUGGAUCCUGGACUUUACACGGAGCGCUGAAGGAUUCCAAAUCUGUCUUAUUUGCACAUUUGUAAAAAGUAAAAUAAGUUGUUUUGCUUAAAAAGAAGCUACGUAGAAGAAGACUUUUACACUGACACCAGGGUUAAACAACAAUAAAAUAGUUCAAUAAUUCAGUGUUGACUGUAGGUGUGUGCACUCCUCUGUACGUUUCUUGAUCCAAGCCUAUUGUAAAGAUUUAAAAUAUAUAUAUUUUUGUCUGAAAAGAAA